ACCGCCCCGGGGCGCGGCCUCGCCCGCGCAGCCGCCCCGCACCCACAUCCGCACCGCACCGCACCCGCGCAGCGCCCGCACCGCAGCCGCGCCAUGGAGCGCCGCGUCGCCCGGGAGUUCCGGCACAAGGUCAAUCUAUUAAUUGACAAUGAAGCAGAGAAGGAUUACCUUUAUGAUGUGCUGCGGAUGUACCACCAGUCUAUGAAUCUCCCAGUGCUUGUGGGGGACCUAAAACUCGUGAUUAAUGAACCAAGCAGGUUGCCUCUGUUUGAUGCUAUCCGCCCACUCAUUCCAUUAAAACACCAGGUGGAAUACGAUCAGCUUACACCCAAACGAUCACGAAAGCUGAAAGAGGUGAGAUUGGAUCGAUUGAAUCCUGAAGGGCUUGGAUUAAGUGUAAGAGGUGGAGUGGAAUUCAGCUGUGGCCUCUUCAUCUCCCAGUUAGUUAAAGGAGGACAGGCAGACAAUGCUGGACUUCAGGUUGGGGAUGAGAUAGUGCGCAUAAAUGGAUAUUCCAUUUCGUCAUGCACGCACGAAGAAGUCAUCAACCUCAUUCGUACAAAGAAAAUUGUGUCCAUAAAAGUUAGACAUGUUGGCAUGAUACCUGUCAAAAGUUCACCAGAUGAACCCCUUAAAUGGCAAUAUGUGGAUCAGUUUGUGUCAGAGUCUGGGGAAGGAAAGGGCAGUGUUGCUGGACUUGCCUCUUCUGGAGGGAGAGACAACAAAGAGAAGAAAGUCUUCAUUAGUUUGAUUGGCACAAAAGGUAUGGGAUGCAGUAUUUCCAGUGGUCCAACACAAAAACCAGGCAUUUUUAUCAGCAAUGUUAAGCCAGGUUCUCUUUCAGCAGAGGUGGGCUUGGAGGUUGGUGAUCAGAUUGUUGAGGUGAAUGGAGUGGACUUUUCUAAUGUGGAUCAUAAAGAGGCUGUCAGAGUGCUCAAGAGUAGCCGUACUUUGACUAUCUCUGUGGUAGCAGGCGCUGGCAAGGAGCUGUUCAUGACUGAAGAAGAAAGGCAAAGAGAAGCACGUCUCCGUGAGCAGGAACGCCAGGAGUUAAUGCAUCAGAAGCGGCUUGCACUGGAGACCAACAAAAUCAUCAAAGAGCAGCAAGAGAAAGAGAGAUUAAGAAAGCUGGAGAUUUCCCAGAAGGCUGCAGAGGAAGAAGAGAGAUAUCGCAGAGAAAUAGAGCAGAUAACAGCAGAGGAAGAGAAAUUUAAAAAGGAGUGGGAAGAAGACUGGGGUCCUAAAGAACCACCCAAGUCUCUAAAAACUGUAACUGCAGAAGUGCACUCUGCCCCUCGUUCCAAACACAAAAAAGAUUUAAAGGGAGUUGCACAUGACCCACUUGAAACAGAUGACAUGGAUGAAGUGAACGUGAAGCAGGACAAACAGAAGGGGAAAGAAAGAAAGAAGUCAAAAAGUGAUAGUUUUUGUGAACAGAAGAAGAAUAAAAAGGAAAUGGAGUUUGAGCAAAAACUUGCCAAGGAGAAAGAAGGAAUGCUGGAGAAAGAAAAACAAUUGAAAAUAAAUCGUCUUGUGCAAGAGGUAUCUGAGACAGAACGAGAAGACCUGGAAGAAUCAGAAAAGGUGCAGCACUGGGUGGAAAGACUUUGUCAAACACGAUUAGAACAGAUCUCCUCUGUGGAGAAUGAGUCUCCUGAGCCUGUGAGUGGGCGUCCUUCUGCCCCUCCCUCUGCCACCUCGAUGCGGCGCUUUGCCGGGGGCCUGCAGCUGCACACCACGGAUCUCGAUGACAUCAACUUAGAUGAAGUUGACAAACCCAAACAGCGCGCGCCGCCGCCUCCGCCGCCACCGCCUCCCCCCAUUGUUACCCCAGCACCACCAGCUCAGCCAUCUCCUGCCUCAAAUGUUCCACGAGGUCCAGCCCUGUUGGUAACACCAGCUUCCCAGCAACUUGCUCCAAGUCCACCUACCCAGCGUCAUCCAGGGGUACCAAUAGUCUCUAAACCAGUUAUGCUGCAUCCUGACCCAAACUUCGUGGUCAGGCCAACAAUCAAAUCAGAGGCCCUGGGCUUCCAGAAGUAUGUGGAAGAUUUUGAUCCAUAUUCAAUGUUUACCCCAGACCAGAUUAUAGGAAAAGAUGUACGGCUAUUACGAAUAAAAAAGGAAGGAUCACUGGACCUUGCAGUCGAGGGAGGAAUUGAUUCUCCAAUUGGAAAAAUAGUUGUGUCUGCCAUCUACGAGGACGGUGCUGCAGACAAACAUGGAGGCAUAGUGAAAGGGGAUGAAAUACUGGCUGUAAAUGGCAAGAUAUUAAUUGACAGCAAGCUGGCAGAAGCACAGGCAACUCUAGCAAAAGCUUGGAACAUGGGUGGGGACUGGAUUGACUUAGUCAUUGCAGCAUCACCUCCGAAAGAAUAUGAUGAUGAAAUCCCUACCAUUCCCUCAUCAGCAGUCAGCCCCACCACACACAGAAAGGUUUUUGAAGGCAGUGCACCUGUGUACAGACAAGGAUAUCUCCUGCAGCUGUAGCCACUGCAGUGACCCUCAUGGACAUUUUUUUAAGGAAGACUACAACUCUUGAAAUGGAAUCUCUUCUCAGAAGAAACCUGCUGCUCAGUAAAUUAACAGGAAAUCAAUAACCACAUGAAAUGGAUUUUUAUUGACUGACCUGUAAAUUGAACUAGAGACAUCAGAUUCUUCAGAUAAUUUGAGUAAUUUAUUAUCAUUCUAUAGACAUACAGCAAAACUUUUUUUGCACGAUGAUCGAAAAGAACUGCUGACCAGCAUAGUUCAGACUGUGAGCGCUCAAUCUCUUUUUGCUAUUUUGAGGGGCCAAAUUUUGCAAACCAUCUUUGUUUUCCUGGAAAUAGACUCUAAAAUGACAAAUGAAGAUAGAACACAGAUGUCUGUUCCCACAUGCAACACUUGUGAAUACACAUUCACAGGCCAGUUUGGGUGUGAAAAGAAUUAUAUUUUUACUUCCUAGAUAGUGAUUUUCAUGGGAAAAUGGGAAAGUACACAGGUAACUUUGGUUCUCAUAUUCUUGUAGCUUUCUUAAUGUCCAUUUUUGUUGUCUCAGUUGUGACAGUUUUUUGACCAUGAAAACCCUGCUGGUGAAAGAACUGGGAAUACCAGGAAUGCAAGCAUUAUAAUAAAAUCAUUUUGAUUGUGUUGCUCAUA